CAGCCAUAGAGAUACACUCAAGAGUCAGAACCACAUCUCUCACUCUCUGUGUCUUGUAUCAUUCAUUUUCUCUCUCUCUCUCUUUGUUGGAACGUGGGAUGGCGUGCAGAGCGAUAACAGCGGCGGUUCUCCUCAUGGCGGCGGUGAUCACCGGCGGAGGAGUAGCGGAGGCGGCGGCGGUGGACUGCUCGACGCUGAUACUGAACAUGGCGGACUGCUUGUCGUUCGUGACGAGCGGGAGCACGGUGGAGAAGCCGGAGGGGACAUGCUGUUCAGGCCUGAAGACGGUGGUCAGGUCUGGUCCCCAGUGUCUCUGCGAGGCAUUCAAGAACAGCGCCUCCCUCGGUGUCACCUUGAACGUCACCAAAGCCUCUACUCUCCCUUCCGUCUGCAAAGUCGCCGCUCCUCCUUCUGCUCGCUGCGCUCUCUCUGUCGUUCCUCCGGCUAGUGCUCCUGGCAAAGCUCCUGCCGUGGCUGCCGGUGCACCCGAAUCAUCGGCCGGAGGGAACAAGGCGGCGCCGGUUGCAGCCCCCGCUCUUGUGCCGGGGAGUUCUACGUCCUCGUCGGUAUCGGUUUCUGCAGUAUCUCUCGUCGUUGGCCUGUUCCUUGGGCUGAUCUCUUGGUUCUGAUGAGUCAUGGAUCGGUUUGGAUCUUUACCACUAUUGAGAUGGUGCUAUUCAUGUACUGAUUUGUUUGGCAAUAUGUUUGUUUGAUUUUGAAAUAGAGUUAUUUCCUUUGGAUUUUU